AUACCAGAACUGUCAUACCACCAGUAUUUGAGAUAAUAUCAAGUGGUGUUUUACUCCAUACAAAGUUCUCUUUGCCACAAUUAAGUAACAAUCAUUUUGACAACUCAUUAUAUGCAUGUUAAUAUGUUCGAAAUUGAAGACUAAGGAAAUUUCAAAGGAUUCUUAGAAAAUUGGAAUAUUCACGAUAGGGAACUCUUUUGGUCGGGCCAGCAUCGUUUGAUUUAUUUUUAUACGAGUUUAUUAUUUUCCUGAGGAAGAAUAUUGAGAAUGACUCGCUACUUGAUGAGAAACCUGCUUAUUCAUUGUUCUGCACUGGUUUUUCUCCUAGCUUCUUCUUUAGUCUUGAUCGAUGCAGACGGCACUGUACGUUUGGUGAAUGAGUUCGACGUCGCAACCAACAAGGGACGCGUCGAGAUCUACUACGACGGUGAUUGGGGUACCAUAUGUGAUGACGAAUGGGACAUACUCGACGCUGACGUGGUGUGUCGGCAACUUGGGUUCACUGGGGCAAUCCGGGCUCUGCCAAGGGCCUACUUUGGUCCGGGCGAAGGCCUGAUACGGGCUGAUAAUGUAAGAUGCACAGGGAACGAGGAAAGGAUACAGGACUGCCCUAACGCAGGGUGGGGCACUCAUAAUUGCGUUCAUCUUGAGGAUGCUUCAGUGGAAUGUUCGACAGCCACCGUUCGCUUAAUGGGCGGUCCCGAUCGUUACGAGGGCAAUGUCCAAGUCCUGGACGACGAUGAUAACACGUGGGGUUACGUGUGCGACGACGGCUGGGAUGACGUCGACGCACAGGUCGCCUGUAAUCAACUGGACCAACGUACCAGCGAGUAUGCCCUCGUUAAUUCGUCGUACGGAACGGGGGAUGAUGCGCCUUUCGUCCUCAACAACGUCGAGUGCGAUGGAUACGAGUCCACCCUGCAAGAGUGUCAGCAUGGAGGCUGGAGGAACUGCACAAGGUUCGACAAAGCUGGGGCUCUUUGCACAAGGGACUACUAUGAGGACGGAGAAUUGCGAUUGGCUGGUUCUGGGUAUCCAAACAGAGGGCGAGUAGAGAUCUAUCAUAAUGGGGAAUGGGGUACCGUUUGUGACGAUUACUGGGAUUACUAUGACGCAAAGGUUGUAUGUCGUCAGCUAGGGUACUCAGACAGUCAGCCCAAAGCCUACUACAAAAGCUACUUUGGACCAGGCCAGGGUAGGAUAUGGCUGGAUAAUUUGGCAUGCAUAGGUUCGGAGGAACGCCUCGAGUACUGCAUCACCAGUGGUGGUUGGGGAGCACAUGAUUGUAGUCAUGGUGAAGACGCAGGUGUUUACUGUGAUGAAAGGGGUGAAUUCGAUGCAGCAGAAAUCACUGGGAUAAUCCUCGCAUCACUCUUCGCAGCAUCCAUUCUGUUCUGCUGUGUUAAAUACAUUUGUUGCGAGGCAGCGUCCAACAAAAGACAUCAACGACGGCGCCGUUCACGAAUUCAACGCCAGAGAAGGAGAUCACAGACGACUGCGACAAGACCAACCGAUCCAGAAGAGCAUUUUAACGCACACUUCAACAACGCGUACACGAUUAGUGACAACCAAGAUGAAAUAUUCACUCCUCCUGGUUUCCCCUUUGCGUACCCGGGAUCUGCACCACCACCCUUCUCUCCUACAGACCUACCCCCCGCUUAUGAAACUAUCAUGUCAACUUCUACACCAGAAGGUUCUGCAGUACCAGUUAACAGCGACGAAACUGUCGCCAGCAAUUGUGUAAAUCAAGCUGGUCCAACUCUUCCCCAAAGUAUACCUUCUGUCAAUACAGGUGCUCUUCCAAAGCCAGAUAGUAGGCCUAACCUCCCUUCAGCUCAACCCGCCAGUAGUCUGCCUUAUCCUCCACCUCAGCCAACAAGUAACAAUCCUCAUCCUCUACAUCAACAACCUCCAAUACCAUCAAACCAAUCGGUAGUCAUGCCACCAGUAGAGACAAUUACAUCACCGUCUACAAAUCAGUUAGGGAAUGACCACGAGCUGUCCUCUGCACCACCUCCAUAUACACCCCGAGCACCCAUAGAAGGACAGUCUCAGCAGCCUCCCGCGGCGCCCUCACCGGUGAACUCAGUAACAGUAGCAGAAAGUCCUGCUACCGAAGUAACAAGCGUUACAUUUGUAAACAGUGCCGAAGAAUCAAUAAACCUAGGAUUGCCAGAUGAUAACGAACGGUUAUCGGAUGCUUGAUAUUAUUAUAACAAAGAUUCUUAACCCAAAAAUAAAACAUUUUAAAACACAUUUUAAAAAUGUAAUAAUUGCUCGAUUUUAAUGCUAUUAUUUAAAAAAUAUCUUCCGAGUCUCAUCGUCAAAUGAACUGAUGGUUUGGUGUAGCCCACUAUCAGUGAUCGAGAAGACAGAAUGCAAGGAAUGAAGAAUUCGUCUAAAAUUUUGUUGAAGCAGUUACCAAAUUUAAUGAGCCCGAUUGUAUACAUUUAAAAUUGGUUCAAGACAUAUCAGCUUAUUUUAGAAGGAAAUCAUUAUAUUAUAAUAUUAUUUUAAUCAUAUCGUGAUGAGGAUCGACUGACUUUUUAAAUUUUGUUAAAAGCAGGCGUUUGGAGAGAACGUAAUGGCAGUAUGCACAAGCACACCAGGGUCCCGUCUUACAAAGAGUUACGAUUGAUUCAGUCAAUCUCAACUCUAUGGAAAUCCAUCCAGACCAUGAUUUUUUCUACAGGAAAUUUGCACAAUCUCCUUAGUAACAAAGCGAAUCACACUAAAUCUUCAAAUGGACGAUGAAUGUAUGAUUAUACAUCAUAUCUAGAAAAACAUUUUGAACAAAUCAUGCAUUUUUUAUGUUGACGUUGCUGCCAUAGUUGUGAUUGAAGGGAUUAAUCGCAAUUCUUUGUAAGACGGGGCCCAGGAAUGAAUGAAAAAGAUACAUUUAAAGACAGUACUGCAGUAUGUACUUGAUUUUUUUGUCGAACAUCACGAAAAUAUCAUUAUAUUCAUAAAAAAUGAUCAUCUGAUUGUAAUUUGUUACACAAAGAUCAUGGUUACAUUGUUGGACAGUCGUUUGGAUGUAAAAAGAAAGUUAUGUGGGUUUAAGAGUCAAUAUAAUUUUAAGAUGCAUUUCUAAAAUGUAUGGAUAUAUUUUCAAGAUGUAACAUAGAAUAGAAAACUGCUUGCGUACGUCAAUAAGGCUUUGUCACAGAGGACUGGCGACGACAAGUUACGCGGAAGGCUUAUUUAAUACAAUAACUGAAAUUUGAAUAGUAAACGAGAGAUUCUGCUAGCCUAUAGCAAUUGCAAAUUACCUGAUGACUUACACAAUCGUCUUUCUUUCUAGAAUCACAAGAUUUGUUUGUAUAAAGAUGUUGUUUUGUAUAAAAUAACGCAGCUAGGCCUUGUAUAGAUAUGUCAUAUUAGUAGAAAAAAAACUUUAGAGAAAUAUCAUAUUUGACAAGUGCAUAUAUCUUUGUAUUCAAUUGACGAGCCUAUUAAAAUGCAAGACUUCAGCGUGAAUGCCUUUUGAUUUUAUACGAAGAUUUUGUAUUCAAACCUAUAUCACAUGAAUGUCAUUUGGUUUGUAUAUUAUGCUAUAUUGUUAUUAUUAUAAUUGGAUGGGAAGAUACAUAUUAAAACUGAUAUGAACAAUAUGAAUGUGUGUUUUGUACUCAACUCACGUCUCUUUAUUCUGUCCCCAACACACAAACAAACUUAUACAUAUGCUCCCACACCUGAAACAGACUCACCUGCACAAACGAACUCACUCCGACAAACUGACCCUAAUACCCUCACACACACAAAGCACCCACACCUCACACAGAAACACCUCCCACCUAACAUCCCCACAUAUAAGCUCCCACGCCUCACAAACACGCCUCUAAACACACACAUACACACAAAGCAAACACAGACUGACGUACCUCACACAGAAACACCUCCCCCUAACAUCCCCACACAUAAGCUCCAAAGCCUCACAAACAUGCACUCAUCUACACAACCUCAUACACACAAAGCAAACACAGACAUACACACAAAGCAAACGCAGACUGACGUACCUCACACAGAAACACCCCCCCCCCCUAACAUCCCCACACAUAAGCUCCCAAGCCUCACAAACACGCAUCUACAUACAGACACACACUCACACAAAGCAAACACAGACUGACGUACCUCACACAGAUAUACCCACCCACUCACACACAUGCUUGCACGCCCACUCUGGAUACACCCAGACUAAUGCCCUCAUUUGCUCCCACACCCACACUAACUCCCACACUUCACACAGAUACACCAACACUAAGGCCCUCACACAUAUGCUCUCACACCCACACUAACUCCCACACCUUACAGUUAAAUCAACCUAACACCCUCACACAUAUACUCCCACACCCACACAAACUCCCACACCUCACACAGAUACACAAACACUAAGGCCCUCACACAUAUGCUCUCACACCUACACUAACUCCCACACCUUACAGUUAAAUCAACCUAACACCCUCACACAUAUACUCCCACACCCACACUAACUCCCACACCUCACACAGAUACACCAACACUUACACCCUCACACAUAUGUUCUGCACACCCACACUAACUCCCACACCUUACAGUUAAAUCAACCUAACACCCUCACACAUAUGCUCCCACACCCACACAAACUCCUGCACCGCACACAGAUACACAAACACUAAUGCCCUCAUACAUGUGCUCCCACACCCAUGCUAACUCCCGCACCUCACAUGGUUACAUCAACACUAAUGCCCUCACACAUGUGCUCCCACACCUUACACAGUUACACCAACACCUCACACAGAUAUAGCCACACUAACGCCCUCAAACAUGCUCCCACAACACACACAGAUAUCCCCUCCCCUUCCUAAAUAAUGACAACUUGUCAGCAAUGACAGCAUUCACGAAACCGGAGUCUUAAUCAUCUUGUAUAUCAUCUGGAAGUUUGAAAAAUGCAAAACAAUAUACAGGUGUUAAGAGCGAUUUGGCUAAAAAAAAUAUGAAAUGGCCCUUGUAUUUAAAGAGAUUCCCAUUCAGAAGAUAUUUAUCUCUUGUAUGGUUUAUUUCAUUUGAUGGCAAACAAAUUAUAAUGUAAAAUGAAGACACACAUGAUAAUCCUCUUACACUUUAAACUUUAUUUAAAUUCUUUCAUUACAUCAAUAAACUUCAAGGAUGCCAAAUAAAUGAGUUAUUUAGUUUGUAAAAUAUUAACAUAUAAUAUUAUGGCCAAUUCAUGGACAGGUUGCUGGUAGAUUUAUUUAAAUACAAGUAUGUAUUAUAAGGUAUGCAUAAUAUAUAGUGGUUUAAUCAAAUCUGUUGAUGAGCAUCAGUAAGUAAUAAUAAUUUGGUAACUUUAUAACAUUAUUUCUUUAGAAACGUCACUGUAAAAGGGCAAGUCACAAUUUGUCAUGAUUUAUAUUUGAAAUUUCAUAUAAUUAAUACUUUUUAACAAUAUUCAUCUAAGAAAUCUUACGUGUUUGGUAAUUAUGACAUACAUAACACAAUGCAGCAUUUUAUUGAACACACAACAAUGAGUCAAAUUACAUCCAAUAAAAUCUGGGUUUUAUAAUUGAUCGUUCAUUUCAUUCUGAGGUUAUAACUUAUAUGGGUGAAUAACUUACAAACAAUAUUCCACUUUCACAUGUACUAGUAUGAAAUUAAUUUCAACUAUCUACAGCCUCUACUUAUCCAUUUCAUCAAUAAACAUUUGAGAAAAGGAAAAUCAACUACAAUGAUUUAUCUCUUUUAUUUUAUGCCCCACCC